AUGGCUGUUUUCCGGCUGUCGUUGCUGCUGCAAGUGGGAUUUGUGAUCGGAUCAAACCAUAAUUACGCGGAAUGGUCGGCGCACGGGAAAGAUAUCAGGGCACAGGGAGAGAUUCGCGGCGCUCAGACGCACCGUCGGCAGCUGGCGCAUCUCCGCGCGCCUCAUCCUCCACCCGGGGAGACGGACGAGCUGCCGCAGAAAAUAGAGGAGCAUCUCCCCAGGGUGGUCACGGCUUUUCUUCACACGGGGGACUCGACCACCUUAAAGCACGCCAACUGCUCGAGGAGAUACGAGCUCACCUCUCUGCGGGGAAGGUCAGCAUCCAGCCCGCAUUACUCCAUGAGCAGCGUGCUGGAUACGGUGCUGCACGCCACAAACUUCCUCAGCAUGAUCCUGCAAGCCAACAGGUCCAGAGAGCACAGUCUCCGGAGAGACAUUGAGUGGUAUCACGCCUUAGUGAGGAGUAUACUGGAGGGAGACGCCAAGAUUCACCGAGCUGUUGUCACUUUUAACGCGGAUUCGGCCGUGUCAAGGCCCACGGUGCUUCUCCAAGCCACCAGGGCCGGCGGAGAGAUAGUCCUCCAGGACCUGUCCAGCGUGGCCCACCACCACCUGCACAACCGCACAGCAGAGACAGAGUGGUACCAUGAUGUCAAAGACAGGAAGAAGCCCAGCUUCCAUAAGAAAGUGCUGAGCCAAGACUUCAAAUCAGUGGACAAUUCUUUAAAAAGAGGGGAGACUUUUAUCCCAGAUAAGACGCAUGUGAGAUGGUCUGCACCCUACCUGGAGUGUGAAAAUGGGAAUUUUGUUCCUCGUUGGCUUUUGACCUUAUCGGCUGCAUUCUAUGGCCUGAGGCCCAAUCUGGCUCCUGAAUUCAGGGGCGUGGUGCGCGUUGACAUUAAUCUACAGGAUGUUGAUAUCGACCAGUGCUCUGCUGACGGCUGGUUUGCUGGAACCCAUCGAUGCAACCUGACCACUAUGGAGUGUUUGCCCCUCCGCGGUCACGGAUUCGUCUUGGACAAGUACCAGUGCCACUGCAAGAAAGGUUUCUACCACCCCAACAGAGUGGCUGUCAGCAGCUUUACAAGGAUGGGGAGGAAUGGAAACGGUGCAGACAGCGGUCCAAAUGCAGAUGAGGGGUCUUCCAGCGACUGCCUGCCGUGCCAGCAGGGCUGUGCUUACUGCAAAGACGACACUCCCUGUGUGGCGCGAGAGGACGGCGCCCUCCGCAUGGCCGUGCUCUCCUUCCAGUGCCUCUGUCUGCUGAUCGUCUUUGUUAGCAUGGUGGUCAUCUACCACUUUCGCAGAAAUAAGAGUAUCAGAGCUUCAGGUCUAGUCCUCCUGGAGGCCAUCCUGUGUGGAGCUCUUCUUCUCUACUUCCCGGUCGGGAUUCUCUAUUUCCAGCCGAGUGUUUUCCGCUGCAUCCUCCUGCGAUGGGUUCGGCUGCUGGGCUUCGCCACCGUCUACGGGACCCUGACGCUGAAGCUCUACAGGGUCCUGAAGGUGUUCCUGUCUCGGACAGCCCAGAGGAUCCCCUAUAUGACCAGCUGGCGAGUGCUGCGUCUGCUGGGCAUCAUCCUGCUUAUUGUCUGCUGGUUCCUGGUGGCCUGGACGUCUGCUGUCUGUCAGAACCCGGACAGGAAGUUGGCCCUCAUCGACGUGGGCUACACACCCGACGGGCUCCAGUUCAGCAUGUGCCUCCUGGAUCGCUGGGACUACAUGAUGGCUGUUGCUGAGUUCCUGUUCCUGCUGUGGGCCGUGUACCUGUGCUACGCCGUGAGGACGGUGCCAUCGGCGUUCCACGAGCCUCGCUACAUGGCCAUCGCCGUUCACAAUGAACUCGUUCUCUCAGCGAUAUUCUACAUCAUCAGGUUCACUCUGGCUCCAGAGCUCCACCCAGACUGGAUGCUUCUUCUGUUCUUCACCCACACCCACUUAACAGUAACAGUAACUCUGGGUCUGCUGCUCAUCCCAAAGUUCCUGUUUGCUGGCACUCACAUGAGGGACGAUAUCGCCUCUGAGGCCUACGAGGACGAGCUAGACAUGGGUCGUUCUGGGUCCUACCUGAACAGCAGCAUCACAUCGGCGUGGAGCGAACACAGCCUGGAUCCUGAGGACAUCCGGACACCAGAGGAAAUGGGCCAUCUCAGUUCUAUUAAUGGCUGUGGCGUAAGGCCUUGCAACAGUGUUUGGGAAAAACGUACCAACGAGGAGCUGAAGAAGCUCUACUCUCAGCUGGAGAUUUACAAGAGGAAGAAGAUGCUGGCAAACAAUCCUCACCUCCAGAAGAAGCGGAGCUCCAAGAAAGGGUUGGGUCGCUCACUGAUGAGGCGCAUCACAGAGAUCCCAGAAUCGGUCCAUCGUCAGUGCAGCAGGGAGGACAAGGAGGUUGCAGAACACGGGAGUAACCGCAACAGCAUCUGCAUGUUGAAGAAGAACCCCUUUGACCAGACUCACGCAGGAAAGCCACCCAAAGAGGAGGCCCUAAAGAACAAGGUUUUCUCCCUUAAGAAGUCCCACAGCAGCUACGACCACGUCCGUGACCAGAGUGAAGACUCCAACAGCUCAGCCACCGACAAGAUGGAGGUGACCACAGCUGAAGGUUCCCUCCUGGAUACUCUCAUGGGGAAGAAGUUGGUCAAGAAGAAGUCCAGUGAGAAUCUGAACGCCCCGAGCGAGUCUACCGAAUCAGUUCCUUUGGUCUGCAAGUCGGCAAGUGCCCAUAACCUCACAGCAGACAAGAAACCUAUUCCUUCCAGGGCCUCCAUGCUGCAAAAGUCUCUCAGUGUCAUCGCAAGCGCCAAAGAGAAGACUUUGGGCUUGACAGGAAAGACCCAGAGCCCGGAGGACAGCAAUAAGAAGAGUCAGCCAAAGAUCAAGGACACAAAGGUCAACGAAGAGCCGGAGGACGAAUGCCAGCCCAAGAUGAUCAUCAGCCAGUCGGUUGAGUACAAACAGACGGUGACAAAAGGCCGAAUCAUGAAGCAGCCAGCGAGUGGCAGCCAGCCUGCCAUCUGUUCUGAUCCUGCCAAGGGAAAGGACCUCUAUGAUCUCUCAGAAGUCUGUCCCUGGGAGGUAGAGGAUCUCCCGACUCCUUCUGAAAACAAGGUCCAGAAGCAUGUAUCUAUAGCACCAAAGGAAACCACGACGGUUCAUGGAGGAAGCACCAAGGGCGGCAAGUCUCAGCAGCAGAAGCAGAAAGCUCCUGAUCAGUCUCCAACAAGUGGAAAACCUUCGAAGGACAUUCAGAAGUCAGCAGCUGCACGAGCUGAGGUAUGUCCUUGGGAAGACGGGAAUGAAACUCAAGGAAGUCAAGAGGGAGGCUCAAAGCUGCAGCCAACAAGUCAGGCUAGCAAAAAGACCCCACAGCCUCACUCUUCAACAGAGAGCUCCAAAACACAUCAGGCUGAGGUCUGUCCGUGGGGCUUUGAGGAACCUCAAAAGACAACCGAGUUAGCUCGUUCGCCAGAUUUGACAAAACAAAGAAAAGGAGCCUCUCCUGUUUUGGAUGGGAAAGGGAAAAGUGCCCUUUCAGAACCAUCCAAAGCAGGAGUCUCUCUCCAGUUACCAACGUCAAAAGCUGAAGUAUGUCCGUGGGACUACGACAGCACCGCUGUUUCUCCAAAUUCUGGACAGAGGACACCAAGUCCAUCUCGAUCGUCCAAAAGUAAGGAAUCCCCUUCGAAAAAGAAGGGUACCACUCCUACAAGAACAGUAGAGAGAGAGAAAACUAAAGACGCUGAUGACGAAAAAAGUAGAACAAAAGCGAAGGACAAGAGUAAAUCUUCAACACAACAAGUGAGCCAACAGAAAAUGGCGGAGGUAUGCCCGUGGGAUGUAGAGAGCCAACAGGAAGUGCAGAUGGUAGAUAAAAGGAGAAGUACGAAUGUUGGAGCAGCCAAAGCGAAGCCGGCUGAAGUCUGUCCGUGGGAAUACGAGGACACGUCGGAUAAAAAAGGUUCAGACAAAAGUGCUUCUGUAGUGAAACAGAGCAGUCCGAAUCCUAAAGGUGGAGUUGUGGCUGCUAAGAAGGCAGAUGUUUGUCCCUGGGACUUUGACGACAGCACGGCAAGCAAGAAGGCAUGA